AUGGUAUGGCAGCACUUUAAAACACAUAUGGGCACUGUGCACCAUGAUUUAAUACUAGAAGACCUGUGUGGGACCUGGCACGAGCAGAGGCAGGGGGAGGCAGCGAAGGGGGCAUUGACUCUGAGGGACAAAGCAGUAUGCGAGUUGGCACUUAAAGCUUUAACUUUUAAACAUAGAAUCACAUUAGAUGCUCCAAGUACAAGGCACACGAAACUAGGCACGGACAACAAUGAGGUGGACCUUUAUAUGAGGUGUAUUUUAGUAAAUAUCUUUAUGAAAAGGAUACUGGGAGAGAAGUGCGUACAGACCGCAGGCGGGAAACGCGCAUUCGACGCUGCACAGGCAUUCGUGGAUACGACGGGCACAGCGGAACGUAAUUCUACAUGUGAAACAGUAGAUAUGGCACCAGGGGGUGACAGGAGCAAGAGGCCGGAAGAUUGGACAUUGUUGGACAUAAUGGGCAGGUGGCUUGAGAGGCAUAAGGGAUACUUGAGAGAUGGGGAGCAGGGCGUCUUGGGGACGGAAUGCAUAGUACAAAAAGACAAGACUGCAGAACACAUAAAGGAAGAAGCGACUAAAAAAAUUGAGGCACUGGGUACAGAAAUAGAGAACACAGUGAACGAAAUAUUGAAGGAAAUAGAUAAAUCCCCAGAGGGAAAAAGUAUGGAGAAUAUAAUAAAGAAGGUGAAGCAGGGGAAGGACUCCGCUUCGACAACUCCACCAGAACACGGACCAUCCAUGCCAUCAUCACCAGACGGUCAGGGCAGAGAGGGAGCGGGGGACUCGGGAACUGCGCAAACCGUUAGCACACCCGCCCCUGCCAAACCAGCACCGGCCAAGCCGGCCACCGCUGCCAAACCAGAAGCGGCGAAACCGGUACCACCGGCAACGACGACGACAUCAUCUGGUGGUGGUAGUGGCAGUAGUGGUAGUGGUGGUGGUCCGGCUGGUAAGGGUGCUGCCCGCGAGAAGGGGAAGCAGGCCGGAACAGGAGAUAAUUGUGAAUGGCAGAGCAUAUUGGCCGCGCCCAAGAGGACCGUACACGUGCUGCGUUAUUAUACUAGUGAUGAACUGCAAAAAAUGAAGACCGCAUUGCAGGCCUUUAUUGAUUAUAUGCAGCACCACACGGACCAGAUGGAUGCAUACGGUGCCAACUGUGAUAAUUCUGGUUGGGAUGAUUUCGGUCAUGAUCACCUACAUAAGGCACAAACAGUAGCUGACGUCAUAAGGUGCAGACUUAUGACAGGAGCAUUGUGGUUUGCAAACGGUGAUAACGCACAAGGCAAAACUGCAGAAGGCACAAGUAUACCUGUGGACUCGACGCAGACGGCGCUGAGGUGCGAGGUAGCGAACGUAUUUGGAUACAUGCUCAAGAAUCAGUAUUGUAAAAACGAAGGAACAUGGAAGCGGGGUGUAGAGUACGCUUGGAAAACAAUGAAGAAAAUGGGCAGAGACGACAAACCUGGUGCAGUGACAAUCCCGGGUCCUGUUAUGGAUGGAAGAUGCACACAAUGUGGCUAUAAAGGUAGUAUGACGCAGCUGGGCAUAAUAAAUGGACACAUAGUAGAAUGGUUACUGACGGAAGGAAUAAUGGAAGACAUAGCACAGAUGGAACGACAAAUGCCUUGUGAUAAAAAUUGGAAAAAUUAUAAACAGGAGAAGGGCGGUACUGACCAUGAGGUUAUAGAGGAGGCAGAAAUACAUGAAGUGACGGAAAUAGAGAAAAAAGUGGUAGAACAAACCAAGAAGGUCAUUGAGAAGGUAAAGGACAAAAUAGACCAAGAAAUUGCAAAAGGCGCUGGAGCAGCGGCGGCCGCCAAGCCGGCGGCGACAAAACCAGCGAAGAUGACGCAACCGGUAGAAGAAUCACCAGGACGAUCGGAUCCAGGAGCUGGCGACACGACCGUAGUAUCGCAAACUGGAGUAGGUGAAGGUCACGGACCGGGACCUGGACAACAACCCCCACCACCAACACUACUACCUUCUCCUGCUGCACUUCCGCUACCGCCUCCGCCAGCAGGGAAAUCGACGGAUGACACAGGUGAGGAAGAGUGUAAGGACGAGCAGUCCAGUUCUUCGGCCUCUGGUGCACAGACACAUGAAGGAUCCCUCGUUAGUGUCACGAGCGUUCCCUAUUCCUAUCCCGGUGAAGCCUCAUGUGAAAUACUUAAGACCAUCAGGGAGCACGAGAGAGCGACAUCUUCCACAGGUACCUGCGACAGUCCACAGAGGAGCAGCCGCCACGGCUCCGCCGGAGGUGUUGACAACGUGCUGGAUGCCUUAUGCUAG